AUGGAAUCCCAAGAUAGAGGUCGCCUUGAUCCAGAUCAAAAUGGAGUCAUCUCGUCGCCGUCAGACAGCGGCAAAACCAUGUUACAACUACCGCUGAGCUGCGACCCGCCUGGGCUGGGGAAUCCGCCGAAGCAGCUUGUAUGGGUCGUAUUCGGGGCCACAGGCCAUAUGGGGCGAAGCCUUGUAAAGUCAUGUCUAAACCAAGGGGAUCUCGUCGUGGCCGUGGGGCGCGUCUUCGAGAACACGCUCGCAUCCAUGAAAGGCUGGCACGAAAACUGCCACGGUCUCCUCUGCGACGUCCGGGCUCGCGAGUCCGUCCAAGAAGUGCUCGAGCAAUCAAUCCAGAACUUUGGGCAUGUGGACGUGAUAGUUAACUGUUCCGGGUACGGAGUCAUCGGUGCGUGUGAGGAUCAGGAUGACCAUGAGGUACGCAACCAGUUUGAGACGAACUUCAUGGGGACGCUACAUAUCAUACAAUUGAGCCUGCCGUAUUUUAGAGAGCAAGGUGCGGGAAGAUAUGUGAUUUUCAGCUCUACCUCUGGGGCCCUGGGUGUCCCGGGACUGGGGCCUUAUUGUGCGACGAAGUAUGCGGUUGAGGGGUUUAUCGAAGCUAUGCUUUAUGAGGUUGAUGCUUUUAAUAUCAAGGCUACGCUGGUCGAGCCUGGAUUGGUAAGGAGGGAUGAGCCGGAUUGGGAUAAGAGUCCGUUGCCGACCUGGGGCCAUUUCUUGAUCAAGCCGGCGAGUGAGCCGUAUUCGCAGGCUACGUCGCCGGCUCUGCAUGCGAAAAGGAUGGUGCAGUGGUUGGGGGAUAAGCAACCUACAAGUGCUGUGAAAUGUGCGGAAUUGGUUUGGCAGCUUGGCCACUGUUCCUAUCCACCCUUAAGGCUGCUACUUGGGAGUUAUGCUAUUGAGAGUAUUCGGGAUCGCCUUAGGUCUAUCAUUGAGGAGUUGGAGGAUUGGAAGCACUUGCAUUUCCCGAUUGCUCCCGACGCCCAGCUCGAAGAGAAGGAAGAGGAGCGUAAGGAAGAAGAGGGUGAGGAUGCUGGGCGAGCAGACAGUAAUCCGAACCAAACCGAGCAAGAGCAGAUGCAAGAUGUAUAA